CUGACUAUAAUUGUUAAAGCUCAAUCAUUAUUUUCUUCACCUAAAAAGAAAAGAUGUAGAUGUCAUGAAAAUCAUUAUCCACCCUUUACUACUGAAAUUCAUGGAUUGAGCCAGGCUCUUGCAGAACAAAGUUUCAAAAUGAGAUUAUUUUGGAUUUUUGUCAUGGUGAUAUGUAUUUCAUGUGGUACGGUUACAACAAUUCUUGUAAUAAUAGAGUACAUUGAAGGACCAACUGCUACUUCCAUAACAAUUCGUCUUGUUGAUUCAAUGGAGUUUCCAGCAAUAACAAUUUGCCCAAAAAUCCCAGAUGCAUUUCACACUAAAUCACUGGUGAACUAUAUCAGAACAGCAAUUCCAAAAUUGAGUAUUGAUGAAAGUUUAGAUUUGCUUCGCUUUUGGAUUGCUGGAAUGGGCUUUGCAAACAUGAAUAAAGUUUCAAGAUUCAAUAAGACUUAUCUGUACACUUUAAAUAAAUAUUUAAAAAUUUGGAUGCAUGGAACCACUCUUGAACAAUUUUUUGCUAUGAUUCAGGAUAAACAUGGUUUAAAAUGCACAGAUUUUUUUUAUCAUUGUGAACUUAGUGGCCACGUUCAAGACUGCUGCACUGCUCUGUUUGUUAGUAAAACUGUGAUGAGACGUGGAAUAUGUUACCAGUCAAAAAGCAUUAACCAAGUUUGUGAAAUUGGACGUCUAAUCUUAAAUAUGAAAUCUAUUGCAAGUGCUACCUCCGAUUUGUAUGAAUUCUCACAACCUCUGUUGAUUGUGUAUGUACAUGACCAGCAUCAAGAUAUUGCUGAUUUUCCUAAUUUUCACAUUUUGGGAAAUCAGUGGAAUAAAGUGAAACUUUCAGCACGAUUGGUAGAGCUUUUGGAACAAAAAGAUGUCUGCACCAAUGAGAUAAAUUGGAAAGAUUAUGAAUGCUACAUUAGGCGGUGGUUAAUAUCCAAUAUCAUACAACGAUAUAACUGCACUUUAUUUUCAAUCAAAGUGUCUAAAAUACCUGAUGUAAAGUGUUUACCAGGUUGCCAUCGUUGGGAAUAUCGAGCAAUCCUACAGCAAUCUAAAACAUUGAAGCCAUUUCAAAAUUUCGAAUUCAAUCUAGAAGUUUCAUUCAUGGAUUUACAAUAUGAACACGUGAAGGAAGUUCGAACAACAAGUUUUUCUGGCUUUAUGUCCAAAAUCGGUGGUCAAUUCGGUUUUUUUCUCGGCCUUUCAAUAAUUACUUUCAUUCAGAUUAUUCUUUAUGGUGUACAUUUCUGUUUUAAACAAAUAUAUGGGAGAAUCCAUCGUCACUUUUGUUCUACUUUGGGAACUAUCAAUCCCAUUAGUUAG